AUGAGUGGUUACACCGUAACUCCUCACUCUUCCCCACCUCUCCUAUUACCGUCAACCACCGCUAUUGCUACUACUACUACUAUUACUACUAUUACUACUAUUACUAGUGCAGCGACUCCACCACUGUUAGGAUCAGCAACAGCCGUAUCAACCCUAUCCUCCUCUUCCUCCUCUUCAACAUCAUCAUCAUUGCGUGUGGGCAGUCAAAGAAGUAAAGAAAUAGUUUCCCCUCAAAGUAUUCAAAUAACACAAGAUGGUUCUUGGCAUUGUAUUUGCGGCACUAUCUCUACGACGUCGUCUAGUUUUUUUAAACAUUCUCGUAAUUGUUCCGUAAGAAAGGGCAUAUCAUCAUCAUUAUCACUUGAAAAGAAGAAAACUGUUGAAGAUCCACCUACUGUGCGAGAACAGAUGUUUUUCUCACUUCAAGAAGCUGUGGCUUCUGGGAAACUGCUGGGUGAUUCCCUUGCAGCUGCUGUGAAUGCCAUUCAAUCUGCAACAGAAGAGAAAAAGGAAGACACACAUAUAAGAGGAUCGUGGCGACUAACAAAAACUUUUCUUCCCGUAUCUGGUAGUGCACUUAUUUCAGCAGCAACAAGAAUAGCUUAUACUACUCCUAGUAGUAAUAGUAAUAAUACUAUUGUGGAUAGUAAUGAUGUUGGGAAAAUGCAAAACAAUGUAGAGAUGAACAGCGUGUCUGUUAAUGAAAAGGAAGGGACCACUGAUGAUAAUGAUGAUAGAAGUUGCAGUUCUCCUUACUACACUGUACUGCCGCAGGGUUUACCAGUUUCCAAGAGAAUUCAAAUAACCCGUACAUAUCGUCAUCGUGCUGCCUUUGUAGUAAGUGAGAAAAAUAUGAAUUCUUCACCUCCACAAAGCAAAGAGCAUGUGGAAGAGAAUAAUAAUAAUAAUAUUGAUAAUAAUACAUUAUUAUCAUCAUCACCACCACAACAACAAGAUGCUUCUUCCUUUCCUUCUGUUUCUUCUUCGCCUCUUUCUGUUCCUCAAGAGUUUCCGGUAUUACAGUUUAAUACCACACAUUCUGACAUGUCAUAUUAUGUGUAUAAACGUUUUUUAUCUCGGGAUGACUUGAAACUGGAGUCGAAUGAAGAUGAUAAUAGUAAUAAUAACGAUGAUGAUGAGUCUAGAGCAAAGAAAUCCAAGAUGGAUUUUCCUUGUAUGGAUAAAGUGUUGCGACAGGAGAGAAGACGCAUAGCUCGUGUUCCUAUGCCGGUGAUUGAAUGGAAUUAUCCCAAGUAA